CAAUAUCUGUCGUCCAAUGGCUUCUUCUAACUUUAGGAGUGGUAGUAGUAACAAUUGGAGUGUCGAUAGCAACUCCUUUUGCACAGUUAUCCAUUCUCACUGUCGCGCACUGUUCAUGAUUCAUUUCUCACUUCAUCUAAGUAUAAAAACUUGAAAACGCAAAAAGCAAUCAAUUCCUGAUCAUUUUAGCAAGUUUGCUUUUUCAUUCACCUGAUAAGGAAAUCUGCUUGACUCAAAGACACAGACAGCGAAGAUAUCGUGAUUGAAAGCGAUCCCCGUCUAUGGAGAAUUCUGGAAGCCAUCCAGAUGCAAUGGUACCGGUUGAGGGUGUGGCGGGAGGUGGGACCGCUUACGGGUGGAGUGAAACUGGCAUUCAGGAUCGAUCUGUACUGACGGGUUCGAUUGAUCCCCUCAAAGUUCACUCAUCCGAGCUAAUGCACGUCUGGUGCAUGCCAAGCACGGCAAAUGUUGGGCCACAGGAUUUACCUCAUGCACUUGAGCCCAUUUCUCUGUUAGCUGCUAGAAAUGAGAGGGAAAGUGUCCAGAUAGCUAUACGUCCAAAAGUUUCCUGGGCUGGGUCAAGUAUAGCUGGAACUGUGCAGAUGCAAUGUACUGAUCUGUGCACGACUUCCGGUGAUAGAUUGUUAGUUGGUGAAUCAUUAAAGGUGAGGCGAGUGGUGCCUAUUUUGGGGGUGCCUGAUGCUCUUGUGCCUCUUGAAGUCCCCAAUUCUCAACUGACCCUUCUCCCUGGAGAAACAAUGGCAAUUUGGGUUUCAAUUGAUGUCCCAACCACACAGGCUCCUGGGCAAUAUGAAGGAGAGCUCAUAUUUACAGCUACCAGACCCGAUGCAGAAUCUACAUCACAAUGCCUGCGUAAAGCUGAGAGGACUCAACUUUACCAAGAAUUAAGGAGUUUUCUUGAUGUUGUGGAGCCCAUCGAUGGGAAACCAUUACAUGAAGUGGUGGGGCUUUUGGUGGAAAGAGUGCAAUCCGGGUCUUCAUCUUUGAGAAGAAUGCUUCAGUCUCCAUUGUUUUCUGACUUGAAUUCGGACAAUGGCUCAGUAGAUAUGAUGGAUGAGGAUGCCAUAUCGAACCUUUCAAUCCGUGUAAAGAUAACUUUAACAGUGUGGGAUUUUAUUGUUCCUGCUACGCCUUCUCUUCCUGCUGUUAUUGGUGUAUCUGAUACAGUAAUUGAAGACCGAUUUGGUGUGGAGCAUGGAAGUAGCAACUGGUACGAGGCACUGGAUAAGCAUUUUAAGUGGUUGCUUCAGUAUAAAAUCAGCCCAUUCUUCUGUAGGUGGCGUGAAAACAUGCGGGUUCUCACUUACACCUCUCCAUGGCCAGCUGAUCAUCCAAAAUCAGAUGAGUAUUUUUCUGAUCCCAGGCUCGCAGCAUAUGCUGUACCAUAUAGUCCUGUGGUCCCAUGUAGCGACUCAACAAAGGACUUUCUGCAAAGGGAAGUUGAUAUACUAAGAACAAAAAGUCAUUGGAGAAAAGCUUACUUUUAUUUGUGGGAUGAGCCGCUGAACCUUCAACAUUAUGAGGCUAUUCGUAGCAUGGCAAGUGAAAUUCAUGCUUACGCACCAGAUGCCCGUAUUAUGACAACUUACUAUAGUGGCCCAAGUGAUUCGCCCCUGGCUGAUAACAACUUUGAGGCUUUUCUUAAAGUUCCAGAAUUUCUUCGCCCUCACACUCAAAUAUAUUGCACAAGUGAAUGGGUGAUAGGCAACCGUGAAGAUCUUGCUAAGGACAUAAUUGCUGAAAUACAACCUGAAAAUGGUGAGGAAUGGUGGACAUACGUGUGCAUGGGACCAUCUGAUCCUCAUCCUAAUUGGCACUUGGGGAUGAGGGGAACACAACACCGGGCAGUGAUGUGGCGUGUUUGGAAAGAGGGUGGGACGGGAUUUCUGUAUUGGGGUGCUAAUUGCUAUGAAAAGGCUACUGUUCCUAGUGCUGAGAUUAAGUUUAGACGUGGGCUCCCUCCUGGUGAUGGAGUCUUGUAUUACCCGGGGCAAGUGUUCUCAUCUUCAGACGAACCAGUUGCUUCAUUACGUUUAGAGCGACUUUUAAGUGGGUUACAGGACAUUGAGUACCUCAAACUCUACUGUUCAAGGUUCGGUAGAGAAGAAGGCUUAAAUCUUUUGGAGAAAACGGGAAUGUAUUUUGGUCCCGAGAGGUACACUCAUGAGCACAUGCCUAUUGAUGUUAUGCGUGGCGAAACAACACUACAAAAUGCAGUCGACCGACAAAUCGGAACAGUGUGCAAAGAAAAAUAUCACAUAAUGAGAACACGUCACCAGGAGGGAGCAACUUGGGAGAAAUUCAUCCUCAGCCUUCAAAUCUCCUGGAAGGUGCUCGGAAGCGGUGGCCGUCUCAAUAGUAUCGUUUUUGCUUACUCACCUGGUAAUAGAGAGUCGGGUUACAAUUUCCCGAAAUGCGAAUUUAGAGCCCACGACGUCGGUCUAGAUUCGACAUCUACCGGUGAAACUUCAAUAGGAGCCGUUGAAUCUCCUCCGGUUACUGAUUGGGUCGAUGAGGCGGAGAAAGGGAAGAGGUUGAAACCUCAAAAUGAGCCAAACGAUAUUUAUAUACUACUGUGA